AUGGCUGUAGUCAUUGCCCCAGCUACACGUCACGAGGUGGCUGAGAGUAUUGUGGCCCGGGUGAUCACCAGAGACACCGCCCAAUCACACCACAAUGAUACCACACCUCAGUCCCGAACUUCGGGAUCGGCGGAGCAAACACGUGUGACGCGCGCCCGUGCGUUGCGGUCGGAGGUGUCGGCGCUUUUGGCGCCUUUGUAUGUGACACCGGGAUGUAUUGUGGUCAACAACACCGGAAGCGGUAGUGUGAGCCGUAUCGAG